GCAGAAGCCUGUUUCGUGUGUUCCGCCUGUCUGCUGCAGGAUCUUGCUCCAGGCAUGAUUUCAUACUUGAUUCAGUCUUGACAACAUCUCUCAGAAGGGUGAAGAGAGAAGAACUUAUGGAACACUUCUUAGCCAAAACUUUUACAUCUCUUUCAUUCUCAAAAAAACCUUAUGAAGUGGAAAUUUUCUCCAUUUUACCAUGAAGGAAAUGAAGAAUAUGCUGAUGGCCACUGAGCAGAUAAGAGCUUCCUCUCUCAGCUCUCAUUCCUGCAGAGAAUGAGUUUGAGCCACAUGGAGAAUAUGCCUGUAGGCCACUCAAGUCCUCAAGGAGCACAGAGACCGUCCUGGAAGCAGUGGCUCCUCUACUCGACAGUCAUUGUUUUGCUAUUACUUUGCUCCUUCAGUGCACUAAUCUUUACUUUUCUUCCACUCAAGACUGCCCAGGGACCCUGUGUAGCGAAGUUUGGACCAUUACCUUCAAAAUGGCAAAUGCCCUCUCCUGAGCCUUCUUGUGUGAAUAAGACAGCUGACUGGAGGCUGAAGAUACUUCAGAAUGGUUUAUAUUUAAUUUAUGGCCAAGUGGCUCCCAAUACAGCCUACAAGGGACGAGCUCCUUUUGAGGUGCAGCUGCGUAAGAAUGAAGACCCCAUACAAGCUCUAACCAACAACUCUACGAUCCAGAAUGUAGGAGGGGCUUACGAAUUCCACGCUGGAGAUGUAAUAGACUUGAUAUUCAAUGCUGAGCAUCAGAUUCUGAAAAAUAAGACAUACUGGGGGAUCUUUCUACUUGCAAAUUCCCAAUUCAUCUCCUAGAGACUUGAUUCAGUCUCCUCGUCUUCUUCAGCACUUGCAGAGACAUCAGUGCAUAGGCUGGACAAGGAAGAUUUUCAGUCUCUACAGUUCAUCUGAGUAUACAAAUCAACAGAAACAGAACUCCUUGCAUGUGAAUUUUCUUUUCUCAUGCCUAUCUGAAUGAGACUCAGAAGAAGGACAAAAGACAUUUGGUAACCCUAGAUGUUAGAUCAGCAAAGACAGUUUUAUUAGUUCAUGAAAUGAAUAUGGGUGGCUAGAGGACAGAAUCUUCUCGAAGUGUCUUUGUCUAACCCUUGAAUCUCUGGGUAGAAAAAUGAAGUCUUGUCUUGUGUGCAGAAAAGAUCCAGGGCAGUAGCCUGCCCUUGUUCUCAUAUUCUUGGACUGUGGAUUGCUUGACUUCAUUCUUCCCAUAUUCCUAUCUUCUGAGACCCUCCUAAUAAAAAGUAGUCAGACUUGGAGGGUGGCCACUGCUAUGCCAGCAAUACCCCACUUUACAUCUGAUGGCAUGAGGGGACAGAGAUACCUUUGGAGAACUAUUGGGACAGAGACACAGGUGGCAUUAGAAUGGGAUGCACUUUAUUCGGGAAUUUUUCUUAAUUUAAUCACACUCAGGAUGCUUGGUGCUUUAUAAAAACAGCUGGUCAAAAGGGUCAUUCUGAACCUUUACAUAGGGCUUCAUGAGAACUUGUUUUUCUAUGUGCCUAAACAUGGCUGAUGGUAAAGAAAGAGCAAUCAGUACUAACCAUAAGAUUUAACUAUAGAAAUUGAUAUUACCAGUACUGUAUUUUUUCAUGUCAUGAUUCUGUAUUUUUAGCUGGCUAGGCAGUUUGCAAAGUACUUUCAUAUAUCACAUGGCAACUCUAGAAAGUUAAUGGGGCAGAUAUUUUGGCACAAUUUUAACAUUGAGAAUAUGGAGGCAGGUGGACCAUAGGUAACUUGCUUCACCCCACAGAAUGAAUGAUUAACAAGGGGCCUUGGGCUUCCCACUGUAUCACACUAUUUUAGCUUUAGGGUUGGUGUUUCUGCUCUCAUGUUGGAUGUCUAUAAAGUUUAGCAGAUUAGAUCUUCAAGGGGUAUAUAUUCCCUUGGCAGAUAGAGGGAAGCUACACCAGUGCCUUCCUUUCUCAAACACUUCUUUUCCUUUCCUUACCUGGAAUCGGGAGCAUGGGCUGUUGUUCAGGACUGACUUCAACCAAACUCCCUUCCUCACUUUGUAAAUCCUGUCUUGGUCAAAUGUAUUAAGUUCCAAAAAUAAUGAAUAACAUUCAACUCAG